CACAGACGUGUUGUGCUGACGGACGCCAUAGCUUGUGCGAAAACGCGGGAAAGUUUUGACGUUUAACACGGACUGAAGCCGCCAUGUUUAUUUUGAAGACCGUGAUAUUUUGCUCAGCAUGGCUGCUGGUAUCCUGCCAGCAGGGUCCCACCACGACCCCUGUACCGAUCCUGAAGCAGAUCAACAAACAGAACGACGACGGGUCCUACAGCUACGGUUACGAAGCCGCUGAUGGAUCCUUCAAGAUCGAAACCAAGUACCCAAAUGGAGACGUCGCCGGGAAGUACGGAUAUGUCGAUGAAAGCGGGAAGCUGCGUGAGAUCUCCUAUGGAGCGAGCAGUAAGAGAGGAUUUGAGCCACAAGGUGCCGGCAUCAUGGUCCCACCACCUACCCUCAACGACCAAAACACCAACGCGUUAACUGACGGCCAAGAAGACGAUGGACAGUACCGAGAGGACCCCAAGAUAUAUGAAGACCCUAAAUACAACGGCAAGACUCAAUCCAGACCCGCUCUCAGACAAUACCACCGUCCUGCCCAGCCUGAACCUCAGUACCAGCAAUAUCAAUCUGAACCUGCUUACCAACAGCCAGCGUACCAACCUCAAACCUCGUACCGCUCCAGUCCUCUCUACACGCAGCAGACUUCAGUCUUUAAUCAGCAACCGCAGUACAAUCAGGAAGUCCGGCCUCAGAGCCAGAUCUAUCACCAACAACCCCAGUUCUCGUACCGCGCGUACACCGGACAACCCUAUCAGAAUCAGUAUCAACAGCAAAGUUACAACCCUCAGAACUUCAACCCGUUCCUCGGCCAUCCCGCUCAGAACUUCGACCCCAACACCGGUUCUUAUACGAUUAACUUCACAGGUUGAAAUGUACAGUUAGAUGUUUUUGUUUUUUAUAAAAUUAUAUUAUUUUGUA